UUGCGCACUAAGUUAGACUGACCGAUCAAUAAUUGCAGAUUUCCGCCGCUGUUAAUGGUUGACGUCUCUCAAUAAAACCUUGUUCUGCCACGGCUCACCUUACUGCGAAGUGUUAAUCAGUGAUUGAAAACCCAUCAAAGAAAGAAAAUGGUACCCGGGGACGUGCCAUUACCGAAUCCAGUCCAAAACGAGAUCCCUGUUGUCAAUGCUCGUCCGCGCCGCAACCACAAUAGACGGCAGAACCCACGCAUGAUAGUGCGUCUGCCACUGCGUACUAACGAACGGGUGGAGGACGCCCCGCCAGUGGAGGACGCCCCGUCAGCUGAGCCGCCGCGUGAUGCCCAACCACGUAAUAAUGGUGACAAUGAAAGCGGGUGUAUACGUCGCCGCACCGGCCAUGAGCACGUGUCGAUGCAAGUAACCGUGCCGUCCAGACUCGUGGCUAGCAUUAGCGGAGGAGUUGAGAACUAGAUGUACAAUUCUUAACAGCAACAUUUCCGGCAUAUUCUAUCUGUUCUAUCUUCACUUUUACGUAGUAUUUGAUGUCAAAGUAAAAAAAACAAAGUCGUAGUUGUAGGUGAAGAAAAGAAUUUCGAACUUUUUAUUUUGUACGGCCUCAAUAAGAAUUGUUUGUAAAGCAUGGUGUUGAGAGAACAACGCUCGAUUGUUUGGUUUUGUAUUUAAGACUUCCAUGUUUUUUUAUAAUUAUUUUGUAUUUUGUAAGUUGUAAUUAUUAAUUCCACUUCCAACAUGUAUCAAUCCACUAAUAAUUGCCAAAGGUAUUGUUAUUUAUUUAUAUUAUACAUGAGGUUGUUGAUACAAUUGAAAAUUUAUGAAUGUGGAUUUAUUUUUUGUGAAAUUUUUUAGUCAUUUGACAUUUAUUAAAAUAUACCUAGCACAUAUAAAAUAUUUAUGGCUUUUCCAAGGUUUAGAAUUGUUUAGUGAAAAAAAUUAUUCGUCAAUUUACUUUAUACUCUAUUUACCUGAAAUAUCACUGCUAAUAUAUUUAUUUUAAAAAGUUUAUUUUUAGAUGGAUAUAAAAAAUGCAGAAAUUAUCUACCUAAUAUGUUACAGGCUGAUUAACGAACCCGUUCUAAAUUCAUAUAAAUUAGAUAAAUAUUGUCUGUAGGAAUAUUUACUGUAGAGGUUACACAUGUAUACGUAGUGAAAAUUAACUGUCUAUAUACAGUUCUCUACUUCUAUCUGUAUCUCUAUAUUUCAAUAAAAUCUUUACUUCACUAAGAA